AUGAAAUUGAAUUGCUUUUCAUUUACUGCCUCUUUCUUGUUGGCAAGUAGUCUCAUUAGUGCUGUCAAUGUCAAUCACCCAUUAUUCACUCCAUUUGACAAGUCUAAACUAGACAAGUCUUCAUUUUUUGAACAAUUCGAUUACAACACCCUUAUAGAAUCGGAUUGGAAGAUCUCCCAUGCUAAGAAAGACGACGAGUUCGCAUAUGUUGGGAAAUGGAAUAUAGAGGAACCUACCGUUUAUCCAGGGUUCGCAAAUGACAAAGGAUUGGUUUUAAAAUCGCCAGCUUCCCACCAUGCUAUUUCAUAUAAAUUGGAAGAGCCCUUUAAUAAUACAGGUAAGAACUUGGUUUUACAGUACGAGGUCAAAUUACAGGACGGAUUGGAAUGCGGCGGAACCUAUAUUAAGCUAUUGGAUUAUAAUUUUGACAAGGAUCACGAAUUUAAUAAUGACACACCAUAUCAAGUUAUGUUCGGACCUGACAAAUGUGGUUCCGAGAAUAAAAUUCAUUUUAUUUUAAGAAGAUUGAAUCCAAUUUCCAAUACAUAUGAAGAAAAGCAUUUAGUGAACACUCCUAUGUCUCGUACGGGGAAAUUAUCUACAUUGUAUACUUUGGUUUUGAAAAAAAACCAAGAUUUUGAAAUUAGAAUAAAUGGUGAAGUAGCAAAGGCAGGUAAUUUAAUUAAGAAGCCAAAACUCAUGAAACCUCCUUUGAACCCACCCAAAGAAAUUGUCGAUGGAGAUGACUUCAAGCCUAUUGACUGGGAUGACAGAAAAUUCAUUCCCGACCCAGAACAAGCGGAGAAGCCUGAUGAUUAUGACCUAAAACAUGGUUUGUCGUUAAUUCCAGAUCCUAAGGCAGUUAAACCUGCAGACUGGAAUGAAGAUGAGCCAGAAUAUAUUGAAGAUCCGUCUGCUCAUAAGCCUGAGGAAUGGGAUGAUGAAGAAGACGGAAUAUGGCUUGCUCCAGAAAUACGUAACCCUAAGUGUUCUUCUGGCUGUGGUAAAUGGGAACCACCAUUAAUAAUAAACCCAACGUAUAUAGGACCAUGGAUUCAACCAGUUAUGCCAAAUCCUAAUUAUAAAGGAGAGUGGAAACCAAGAUCUAAAUUGAAUCCAAAUUAUUUUGAAGAUGCACAACCAUCAAACUUGGAAUUAAUUGGAGGGUUAGGUUUUGAAUUAUGGAGUAUGAAAAGUCAAAUCUUAUUUGAUAAUAUCUAUUUAGGUCACUCUAUUAAGGAGGCCGAACUAAUUGGAAACCAGACAUUUGUGCCAAAGUAUGACAUUGAAGAUUACGACUUACAGCACAAUAGACCCCCUGUUAAAAAUGAACCGGUAGCGCCUCCUCCUACUUUCGAAGAUUUUGUAAAUGAUAAUGAUCAAUCAACCGUCAGCAGAAUACGUGAAAUUUUCAGCAUGUUGUACGCCAAUCAAUACUCAGAUAUAAGUUCAUUUUAUUAUAGAUUUAUGAGCAACCCGGUCGGAACUAUAAUCCAAGAACCAGCAGUAUUUUUCUUAUACUGUUGUGCUUUUGUUUCAGUUUUCACUUUUGCGUUUGGACUUUUUGGGGCUUUUGUAUUCAUGGUAACGGGAGGUGCCCAGGCCACCCAUUACGAGCAACAAUCUGAAUCAACCCCUAAGAUUAAUGAACCUGAUAGUGAAGGAGAUCAGGAUCAAAAUAAAAUUGAAGAAAUUAUUGAUGACGAUGAAGUAAAGGCAUCAUCCGUCAAGACUUCUGCGACUUCUGUAUCUAAGAGAAGAACAUAA